AUGAACAAGCACGUGCGCGCGAUUCAUGGUGCGGGUGGCGGAGGCCGUCGGCGCCGCGGGGCCGCGACCGAGGUCUUCCUGAAGGGCGGCGACGGUGACGAUGAGCCGUCGGCCGCCAUCCGCGAUCUGGUGAAGGACGACGACCUGUGCGACGUCGUGCAGCGCCUGUACUCGCGCGACCGCAUCUCCUACAAGCCGUCGAGCGAGGACGAGAAGACGGCGCUCAAGUACAUGCGCGACAGCCGGCCGGGGGGCGCGCCCUCGCGCCGCCGCGGAGGGCCGAGAGGCGGCAAGCGCCCGGGCUCGGACAGCGACGAGUUUGACGAGGGCGUGUCGAAGCGCUUCCCGCCCGACCGCACCGUGGAGGGGUACAUGACGGAUCCGGCCGGCGACGCCGAGCUCCCCGUCAUGAGCCGCAACAGGUGGCAGGCCAAGUACAUCAUGGCCAAGGCCAAACUCAUGCUCGUCGAGGAGGAGAAUAAGAUGAGAAGGGACGAGCUCGCGUUCUGGAUGGAGUACGAGGACCAGGUCCUUGGCGGCAAGGACAGAGACGUCGAUAUGUAG